CAUCAUCUCUCACUUUCCCUUUCUACCUUUCAUUAAUGAAAAAUAUCUCCAAUAAGUUUCUCUUUUCAUUUCUUGCCUGAGAAUUUUGCUCUAGCCUGCAUAAUCCAAAAAAUGCAUUUCCCCAAGCUUGAUGACUCGCCGAUGUUUCGGCAACAGAUGCAAUGUAUGGAAGAAAAUGCUGAAGUGUUGAGAGGAAGAUGUUUAAAGUUCUAUAAGGGAUGUCGAAAGUAUACAGAAGUCUUGGGUGAUGAGUAUGAUGGAGAUGUUGCUUUUGCAAGUACUCUUGAAGCCUUUGGAGGUGGACAUAAUGAUCCCAUUUGUGUUGCUUUUGGAGGCCCUGUUAUGAACAAAUUCACAAUUGCCCUAAGAGAGAUCGGGAGUUACAGAGAAGUCCUUCGGUCACAGGUAGAACACAUGUUGAACGAUAGAUUGUCACAAUUUGUGAAUGUUGACCUACAAGAUAUCAAGGAAGCUAGAAAACGUUUUGACAAGGCUUCCUUAAUAUAUGAACAGGCACGAGAUAAGUUCUUGUCAUUGAGAAAGAGUACUAGGAUGGAUGUAGCCACAACAAUAGAGGAGGAACUACAUAAUGCAAGAACAUCUUUUGAGCAAGCACGCUUCAAUUUGGUUAGUGCUCUCUCUAUUGUUGAAGCUAAAAAAAGAUAUGAGUUUUUGGAGUCUGUAAGUGGCAUGAUGGAUGCUCAUCUACGAUUUUUUAAGCAGGGAUAUGAGUUACUACAUCAAAUGGAGCCCUUUAUUAACCAGGUCCUAGCUUAUGCACAACAAUCAAGAGAAUGUUCGAACUAUGAGCAAGCUUCUCUAAAUGAAAGGAUGCACGAAUAUAUGAAACAAAUUGACCGAGAAAAUAGACAAUCCCUACAUGGGAACAACGGUUCUCCUCAUGCUGAUGGAAGACCAUUUGUUAGAAGUUCCCAAAAAGUGAUAGAGGCAGUUAUGGAAACUGCAAUGCAAGGAAAGGUUCAAACCAUCCGACAAGGGUAUUUGUCUAAGCGAUCUUCAAAUUUAAGAGCUGAUUGGAAAAGAAGGUUUUUUGUGCUCGAUAGUCGAGGAAUGCUUUACUACUACCGAAAACCCUUCACAUGGGGACAUGCAGGUGGGGCCCAAUCAGCUCUGCAGAGGAAUACUGCCUCUGAGAAUGGUCCUGGAUUGUUGAGUAGAUGGCUCUCUUCUCAUUACCAUGGUAGCGUUCACGAUGAAAAGACCGCUGCACGUCACACAGUAAACCUACUAACAUCGACAAUUAAGGUCGAUGCAGAUCAGACCGAUCUGAGAUUCUGCUUCAGAAUUAUUUCGCCUGUGAAAGUCUAUACUUUACAGGCUGAAAAUGCUAUCGAUCAAAUGGAUUGGAUCGAGAAGAUAACUGGAGUCAUCACUUCGUUAUUGAGUUUCCAGACACCUGAAAACUGUAUUUCUGCAGCCUCCAUGGGAUUCAGCGAUGGUCAAUCUUGUAGUGAUGGUGGCUCAUUAGCAGAUUCUCAUGACAUCGAUAAUACAAAUUUUGAGGAGGUCGCAUCUUGUAAUCUGAUCGCCGGCAGACAUUUGAAUCCAUUGCGAAACUUGCGGCCAAUCUGCAGUAUGAAAGCUGAAAAGCCAAUAAUUCUGCUAAGAAGAGUAGCCGGGAAUGACAAUUGUGCAGAUUGUGGUGCACCUGAACCAGACUGGGCUUCCCUAAACCUUGGAAUCCUUGUAUGUAUUGAAUGUUCUGGAGUUCACCGCAAUCUUGGUGUGCAUAUAUCAAAGGUAAGAUCAUUAACACUUGAUGUCAAAGCAUGGGAGCCAUCUGUGUUAAUGCUGUUCCAAUCGCUUGGCAAUAACUGUGCAAACUCAAUCUGGGAGGAGUUAAUGAAUUCAGAUCAAACUUCUUCCGCUACCACCACCAUUCAGGCUACCGAAGAACUACCAAAAUGCCCCUUAAAAGCUGACAAGGCACAACCCUGCAACAUAAAAAAGCCUAGCCAGAACGAUCCCAUUUCACUCAAGGAACAGUUCAUCCAUGCAAAGUACAAAGACAAGAUUUUUGUUGGCAAGAUUCAGGACAUUGUGGCGGUUUCACAACAGCUGUGGAGAAGCGUCUCAGCGAACGACAAAAAAGGAGUUUAUCGGCAGAUUGUAUGCUCUGGAAUUGAUUUAAAUGCCGUCCACAGGCAGUCCUUGAUUGGUGAUCAAGAACAUCUCCCGACGGAAUUAUCUGAUAACUGCUCUCUCCUUCACCUGGCCUGCCUAAAUACUGAUAUUGGAAUGGUGGAAUUGCUUCUACAAUAUGGAGCAAAUGUGAAUGCGUUCGAUUCGAAGAACCAGACUCCGUUGCAUCACUGCAUUAUGGGCAAAAGAAGUGCCAUUGCGAGAUUGCUUCUUAUGAGGGGUGCAGAUCCACGAGCUGUGAGCAGAGAUGGUAAUACAGCUCUUAAGCUUCUGUCACAGUCCUCCCUCGAUGAUCAUGAGCUAGAAGGUCUCUUGGCAGCAAAAUGAAAAUGGCAUAGCAAAAACGUGUAGCCGGAUGAUCAUUACAUAAUCUGGAAUCUACGGAACUCAAUGUUGCAAGUGAUAGAGAUAAAGAUCAACUGAGCUUCAAGAGUGGCAACAUUUGGUGUCAUCUUAAUUUCUAACCCUUUAAAUCACUUGAAUUUUUCAUGCAUUGCACAUCUACCGUGCGGUCUAUGAGUUUUGAUAGUAUAUUUUGGUAGGGCUUUGUGUCUAAAUUAUUUGCUUUGCUCGCAAUUGGAGUAUUGCGAUAUCAUUUCAAGAUCCCC